GUUGCUAUUGGCGGUCAGGCCUCGCGGUUAUCAGCGCGUUAUAACAUUAAAGUUCUUAGUUCACCUGUAAUUCUCAUACGGAACAAACGAAUAUUUUUAUUGUAAGACAUCAAUACGUUGCAAAAAUGACUCAACAAAAGGAGUUGGGGAUGAAGUGCAUUAAAUACAUGCUGUUGUGUAUAACAGCGAUUUUUGUUCUAACAUCGGCACUGACGAUCUCCGUGGGUACUACGAUUUACGCGAUCUACCAUGACAUCUAUUUCUUCCUGUCGCCAAACGCCUUCUCUCCGGCUAUCUUUGUCAUCGCGAUCGGCGUCAUAAUGCUGUUUGUAUCUCUCUUCGGCUGCAUCGGUGCCCUGAAAGAGAGCACCUGCUUGGUUAACAUUUUCGCAGUGAUCCUUAGCAUCGUGUUCAUUCUGGAGAUCGCGGCGGCCAUCACUGCUUACAGCCUCCGUAACGAGGUCUCACAGUUUCUGGACAAAAAACUUAGAGAAGCACUUCCCCUGUACUACCAGCACGGUGAAGCGCAGGAUGCAUUUGACUUCAUUCAAUACGAGUUGAACUGCUGCGGCGUCGAUAGCUACAUGGACUGGCAUGCGGUCGACCCCCCCACUGGAGGGACCGGCAUUAGCUUUGCCAACCUCACGGUCCCCGAUUCGUGCUGCGCCCAGUCCCACAUGACUGUCGUCGGUGAAGAGACGAUUGUAGAGUGCCAUAAGAUCUAUGCCAACGGUUGCCUGCCCAGAGUCUAUUAUUUGGUUAACCAAAGCGCUGGACUACUUGGAGCCGGCGCGUUGACCAUCUGCUUCAUUCAGAUAAUCGGAAUCGUUUUCUCGUUCUCACUGGCGAGCUCGAUCCGUAAAGCCAAGAUCGAACGCGAACGCAGACGCUGGGAGAUCCAGGAGCGGAUGAUCAACGCCCACACUUCCCUGAACCCUAACAACGAGAAAGUCGCCCCGGUGGUGUACGUUCCGUUCCAAGGACAGGCCGGCGCUUAAGUUGCGCGAAGAUAAUGCUUACAUUAAAACAAUUAAAUCGAUAUCUCCCGCACUAAAUCGAUUAUUA